ACAUACAGGACAACUUGUUCAGCGAAUUUUUGAUCGUCUUAUUAAAGCUUUAGUAACCUACCAGUCAAGACGUGUGUUCCUUGUUACUAGAAAUUAAUUUAAAUUUUGUGUUCAACUUAUUUAUUUGGUAUCAAUUAAUUUCGAAUACAAUGGCUGCUAAAAUUGCUAUAAUUCUCUUUGCAAUCGUUAUGUGCGUAAUGGCAUACGGAAACGAUGAUAACAUCGGAUACAACAGAAACGACCGCCAUGACACCAAACAAGGAGGACAUGGAAGUUCAGUUGGCCGUGGUUCGGCGGGACAUGGCCAGGGAUAUGGACAUGACGAUCAACGAUUUGGAAAUCGCCACGAACAGGGUGGACAUGGUGGUGGUAGCGGACAUGGUAGUGGAUACGGUCAUGGUAGUGAACGCGGUUAUGGUAAUGAGCGCGGUUAUGGUAAUGGACACAAUGAUCGUGGUCAUGAUCGCGAUGACCGUCGACAUAAUGAUGGACAUGGACGUAAAUACUAAAUAAUUCCUCUAGGCUUGUGUAAAGUUCUACAAUGUCGAAUUGAAAUCAUUGUAUGAUAAAUUUAAUAAAUUUUUUUUUCGUGCUUCCCAACUAUA